AUGCCUCCCCUCAGACUCUUGCUGGCUGCAGCGUGUAUGCUUGGCAACUCCCUCCCUGCAUUUGCGCAGACCACCGACGUCGAUAGCGACGUCAUUGAACCUGCCGAUUUCAACUUGUCCAAUGCCUUGUUGGAGCACGGGGUCGCGGUCUCGGAUAUUCCUAGCUUGUCAACCCUCGGAAAACCAUCACAGCCCGAAUGCUCCGUUGCUUGCGACACGCUAAAAUUUCUCUACGGAGACGGCGCUGUCGAGACCAGAAAUGAGGCAGCAUACAAUAGUUUCGUCGGGUCAUACUGGUCGGCGAACCAGGCUGCGGUCAGGCCUUGGUGCGUCUUCAAACCGUCCCAGGCGGCGCAGGUCUCUGUGUUUGUGCUCCUGUCUCGUUUGACCCAGUGCCCCUUCGCGGCCAAGAGCGGUGGGCAUGCUGCCAUGGCUGGUGCUUCCAGUGCUCAGGAUGGCAUCACCGUUUCGUUUAUGAACAUGACGGAUAUCAAGCUGUCUGACGACAAGAAGAUUGCUUCAAUCGAGCCUGGGAAUAUUUGGGGCGACGUCUACAGGGAGCUCACCAAGUCCGAUGUGACCGUCAUCGGAGGUCGGUUGUACAACAUUGGCGUCGGAGGGCUGACGACGGGAGGGUUGACUGUCUGGCAGCUUGUCAUUGCGACUGGCGCCGUGAUCCGAGUCUCGGCGACGACUUAUCCGGAUCUCUUCUGGGCCCUCCGUGGUGGCGGCAACAACUUCGGCCUGGUCGUCAACUUCAACCUCAAGACGACCCCCCUCCCAGGUGGCAAGAUGUGGGGAGGCAGAAGGACGUACACAGAGAACAACUUUGACAAGGUUGCUGAGGCAUUCCACAACAUUGUCGUCAAUUCUGAACAAGACAACAAAGCCGGCUUGUGGCACGUCUGGAUGUAUGCUUUUGAGACCAAAAUGACGGUUCCGACGCUUUACUACAGCGAGCCCAACGGCAGUCACGCUGCCAUUUUCGACGAGUUCAACAAGAUUCCAGCCUACGACGAUGCUACACAGGAUCACAUCCUAGCGGAAUUUGCCGCUCAGGGGAUGAAUGAUACGCCCCCAGGCCUGCACGAAGUCUACUAUGUCAUCAGCACAAAGGCGGACUUGAGCCUUCAAAACUGGGCCAAAGAUCUCUACUUCAAGGAGGUCAUGGCCGUCGCGAAUAUAUCUGGCAUCGUGCCCGCUCUCACGAUGCAAGGUAUCACGAUUCCGCAGCUCAAGAAAAUGCGAAACAACGGCGGAAAUGCGUUGGGUUUGAACGUCGACGAUGGGCCACUCUACAUCAUCCAAAUGGCUGUCAUGUGGGCCGACGGAAAAGACAGCGAGGCCGUCUACCGUUUUGCGUCCAACCUCCUUGAGAAAAUCUCCAACGAGGCAAAGAAGCGAGGGUUGUACAAUGACUUUGUGUACAUGAACUACGCCAGCCAGUACCAGGACGUGGUCAGCAGUUACGGGAAGGACAACAAAGACAGGUUGAAGAGUAUCUCUGCGAAGUACGAUCCCAACGGUGUCUUUCAAAAACUGCAGCCGGGGUAUUUCAAACUUGAUCGUGCGCCAAUUACUGGCACCAAAUACUUUUCGUUCUAG